CAAUUGCACUUUUUGCCCCGCCCCCGUGGGUCAACCCGAAGCGACUGUCAAUUUCUCCCCAAGAAGAAUUGGAAGAAGUUUGGUUUCUUAGCUCGAGUCGCCUCCAGAAGAAGCUCCUUUACUGCAGCUGCUCACAACGACACCGGUCACUGCCGACGGGGUAGAGACGUCACGUUAGCGUGUGUCCCCGGGUCGGUUCUUCUGUCGAGAGCUAAUCUGGAACAACUUGUUCUCGUUCAAAUUAACAAUGGACACUGUGGUGAAAUUCACAAGUAUUAGUCAAGGAAAAGACCGCGUGUUCUCAGCCACCCAGUUCGCGUGUGCUCUCUCCACACAUCUACUCCGCAGCAACUCCCAGAGGAAGCAGCUUGUGGCCAAACUGAAGAUUGUGGAAGCCAACAUCAGUGCUGGACGAAAAUUGUUGAAGCUCGGAAACGCAGUGAAUUCCGUCGAGGCUGCCAAACGAUCCCUGCGACUCUCUGACCGAGUGCUGUGCCUGUGCCUCACUGCAGCCAACAUCAACCGCGCCCUCUCCCUUAUCUGCGACAAUGUACUUUGGGCCAGAAGUGUUGGUCUUAUCCGUGACAUCAACCAGGAAAGUUGGAGCCUAACCUCCUCCCGCUGCUACUUCCUCGCAGUGAUUAUGAAUGUGACUAGAGACCUUUAUGUGGUGCUCCAGUUAAUGAUGCAGAAAGCAAAAGAUAAAGACUUUAGACGGAAAAUGUCUCUGCACCUCAGCGAGAAUCCUGAAGUGGCAGAAGUUGUCAUUCCUCAGUUGGAUGCGUUUCUCUUUCUGCUGUUUGAAAGCCUUAAGUCGCACCCGGCUGUUGCCUUGGACACCCUGAAAAACGUUUGUGAUCUGUUCAGUCCGUUAGACAGGUUGGGAAUUUACCCAUCAAAUGCAGGAGUGGUGGCCUUUUGUGGUCUGGUAUCCUCACUGAUCGGAAUAGUGACCAUCGCAAAGCCCACUUUAAAUAUAAAACCAUGAUAACAAAGGUGCAGAUAAAGCUUACGGACUGACUGCAGGUCAGAAGGUGAUUGUGAUAGGUGUUGAUUAUUGGUGUCGGUUAGCUGGAGCUGUAAUGGUGGGCUGGGGUUAACCCAGUGCACAACGAGAUUAGUGACACACACCACAGGCACAUUUCUAACAUUUAUGAUAAAAUGACGUUUGUGUUUAAAUCACAGGUUUAAAGGGGAACAAAUCAAAUUUAUAUGCGAAAUAUUCAAAGUUUAUUUAUUUAAUUUAUUUAAGAACAAGUCUUAACCAAUGUGCAUUCCUGUCUUCUUGAGAAACCGCAAACGACACUAGCAGUUUUACAACUAGUUUACUUGUGAUAGAAGGGCUACUUUCUUAUACACGCUUUUGUAUUUUGUAUUUCAAGAGAAAGAGAAGUGUCAAUGCGGGUGGCAGUGUCACUUCAAGUAUGCCGUCUUUCUUUGUGCACUGUUUGUGAUUGAAUGCUGCUAAAGGUUUUACCUCCUUCGAAAUGAUGAAUCAGCUGCUUCUCAUGCAAAAGUGCUUUCUGAGGGGACGCCACUAAAUACUGCACACUGAUCCUUUAACAGAUUUUUACUCUGCCUAUAAUGGCGCACACUCGACUUUGUGGCUGUUGAAAAAUCAUAAUCGUGUCACUAUUUUAAAAAGAGAAACUGUGUUUACAUUGAAAUUCUUAUUAUAAAGUUUGGGAAUUGAUACGUGUUUUAUUUUUCCUUAUUAAUCUUACUUAUACACACACAAGACCUCAAAGCUGUGAUUUACAUGUGACUUUUAGCACAUGUAAUGGUGUCAUCCGUUCAGAUGACCGUCAUAUUGAAUGAAACGUUUAGAAAACAGUAUUCAAUAAACAUCAAAAUGUGUUAAAGCUGUGCUGC